AUGUCUUCGACAUCGAUACCACCUUCAACGCUCGAUCCAGAGAAGCCCGACCCCAAUCACGACCCGCAUAGGAACGAUAGUACAGAAGAAAAGAACUUGGCAAAGUCGCCCACUCGUAGCGACGAUGAGGAGAAGGCACAGCCGAAUGGCGAGGAGUCCGCUCCUGCGCCGUUCUCUCCGGGACACGAGAUUAUCUUUAUAUUCGUCAUAUGCAUGGCCCAGUUUCUGUCACUCGCGGGAUUGGCACAGAGCAUAGCGCCUUUAAAUAUCAUCGGCAGGUGAGCAUGAGUGAGGCAAGCCGAAUCGCGUAGAGAGACGCUGACCUCGAUCCCCUCGAUGCGCAGGAGUUUCGGUGUCACGGAUGAAGCACAAUUAAGUUGGUACCCGGCCGCGUUCAGCUUGACAGUCGGAACCUUUAUUCUUCCCGCAGGUCGUCUUGGUGAUAUGUAUGGUCACAAGAAUCUAUACAUGCUCGGAUUUGCCUGGUACGCGGUCUGGUCUGUCGUCGCCGGUGUAGCAGUCUACAGCGGCGACAUCCUCUUCAGCAUUGCCCGCGCAUUCCAGGGGAUCGGUUGCGCUUUGCUCGUACCAAACGCUCUGGCCAUAGUUGGACGCUCGUAUGGAGCUAGCCCCAAGAAGAACAUGAUCUUUGCACUUUUCGGUGCAGCAGCUCCGACUGGAUGGGUUGUCGGAGCUGUCUUCUCUUCGAUACUAGCUCAGCUUGCUUGGUGGCCCUGGGCAUUUUUCGCUCUGGCAUUCACAUGCAUCGUCAUGAUUCUCGCUGCUUUCUUCAUUCUUCCAGCUGAUGAGACGCAUCCUUCCAGUAUCAAAGAUUUCGACUUUCUGGGUACUGCCACCGGCGUGAGUGGACUGGUCCUCUUCAACUUCGCCUGGAACCAGGCUGCCGUGGUCGGAUGGCCCACCGUAUAUACAUACGUGCUCCUGAUUGUUGGCAUUCUGCUAUUCAUAGCAUUUGCAUUCGUGGAAAUUAAGGUGGUGAAAAAUCCAUUGGUUCCACUUGCUGGCUUCAAGGGCGAGGCUGCUCUUGCACUAGGUGUGAUUGCAGCUGGUUGGGGCAGCUUCGGUGUCUGGGUCUUCUAUCUAUGGAGGCUGAUCGAAAAUCUUCGUGGAUACUCUGCCCUUGCGGCAUGCGCUCAGAACUCUCCAGUGGCAAUUACGGGUCUGCUUGCCGCUGUGGCUACUGGCUUCCUCCUCUCGCACAUUAAGGUCUCGUACGUCCUGCUCAUGGCAACGUUAUUCUUCGUGAUCGGCCAGAUUCUUAUUGCGACCGCGCCUGUGGGACAAACAUACUGGGCGCAGACUUUUGUUUCUAUUCUUAUUAUGCCUUGGGGAAUGGAUAUGUCGUUCCCAUCGGCUACUAUCAUAUUAAGCAACAACACGCCUAAACAUGACCAGGGAAUCGCAGCUUCGCUCAUCAAUACGACUGUCAACUACAGCAUUUCUCUGGGCCUUGGAAUAGCCGGAACCAUCGUCCGGAAUGUGAACAAGAACGGAGGUAGCACAUUAGAUGGCUAUCGUGGGGCUUGGUACUUUGGCAUCGGGUUGGAUGGCCUGGCUGUAGCUAUUGCGCUGUACUUCGUCUUCAAAUUCAGGUAG